GCAGGCUACAGCAAGCUACUGCUGCGGCUCUGAAAAGGUCCCUUCCAUGCUGCCCCGGCCUCUUCUCUCUCUCUCUCUCUCGCCGGCCCCAAGGCUCGAUCGGCUUCUUCAACGCUACAUCGGUCAGGCCGUUCUCAUUAGUGUAGUUAGUGUUGGUUUGCUCCUCCGGCCCCCAUUCUCGCUAUAAAUACACGCACAUCCAGCCAUUGGAGGUUCCAUUCCAUUCUGUUUAGCUACCCCAGCAGCUAGUACCCCUCGCCCAACUGACCCCAGCUUUCUUCCUCUUCUUCUUCUCUACUCAGCUCAUUCUGUCUGCCCCCCCUUGCGCCGUGCACACCAAAUGGAGAAGGGGAGGAGGCGGCAUGUGCCGGCGUUCGGAGAGUGGAACUACUACUACCACUACAACGAGCCGGAGGUGCCCGCGGUGCCGGCCGCGUGCUACGCUCCGGAGCCGGAGCCGGAGCCAGAGGCCUGCAGCGAUGUCUGGUUCAGGUACUCGCCGCCCCCGCGCAAACCGACGCCCAAGAAGAUGAGGAGGCCGCGGCCGGAUGGCGAUGCAGCAGCUCCAGUGAAGGGCGGGAGACGUGCCAGGCCGGCCUUCGACUCCGGCAGCGGCGUGGUUCGUUCGACGACGACGGCCAAGGCCGCCUCCAACUCCAGGGUGGUGCGGCCUGUCGACGAGGACUUGUACCAGGUUCCACCGCCGGAGUUCGCCUCCCACCGCCCAAGACGGAAAGUGAGGAGCCUGUGGAUGGGAUGCCUGGGCCUCAACUCCUGCGUCGCCUGAUCUGAUUUGAAGCUCUGUGGAUGGGUUGGAUCAUUGGAUGCUUCGUCGUUCUUCGGUAGCAGUAAUAUUUGUGUUACCUAUCUGUUUCCCCCCUCUGUUGGAUAGUUCUCUGUCUGUUCCGAUUUUUGUGCUAUGUCUUCGCUUGUGGCAAGAUAAUCAGGAGGCAACAUCACUAGCCAGUUAGUAGUAUUGUGGUAGUAACAUUUCUGAGAGUUUCUACUCUUUUCUUGUAAUGUGGGUAAGACUGUAAGAUAUGGAUGCAAUAUGUUGUGCUAGUAUGCUAGUAGCAUUUUUUGUUACUGUUGAAAAAUUGUUCGUCGUUCACGGGGAA